ACCACGCGAUCAUGUUUCCCACAGCCAAGUCCAGAACAGGAAAGAACACUCUCUGCCUUUUGAACAUCUGGUGCGCUCGUUCCCAUUUCCUUGCUUCUUCGUCAGUUUUCUCCUGCUUAUUCUUCCAUCUCUUCUGGAUUCUCAUACUAGCUCUUUGAUUCUGCAAAAGAAGUUUUGAGAAGCUUUAAUAUUCGUUUUUGCAAUCAUUCUAGGCAGAAAUUAGGGGAAGAACAGAAUGGCUCAAGCCGUCGAAGAAUGGUAUAAGCAGAUGCCCGUAAUUACACGGUCGUAUCUCACCGCAGCUAUUGUCACCACUGUCGGCUGUUCUCUUGAUAUAAUAUCUCCGUAUCAUUUGUACUUGAAUCCAAGACUGGUUGUUAAGCAAUAUCAGUUCUGGCGUCUCAUUACUAACUUCUUGUACUUCCGGAAAAUGGACUUGGAUUUCUUGUUUCAUAUGUUUUUUCUUGCCCGCUACUGCAAGCUUCUAGAGGAGAAUUCAUUCAGGGGGCGAACUGCCGAUUUCUUUUACAUGCUCUUAUUUGGUGCUACUGUGUUGACUGGAAUUGUUCUUCUUGGUGGGAUGAUACCUUAUUUGGCAGCAUCAUUUGCAAAAAUUAUAUUCCUGAGCAACUCAUUGACAUUCAUGAUGGUUUACGUUUGGAGCAAACAAAAUCCGUUCAUUCAUAUGAGCUUCCUGGGCCUCUUUACUUUCACAGCCGCUUACCUUCCAUGGGUUCUCUUGGGAUUUUCUGUCCUUGUUGGUGCUAGUGCUUGGGUCGAUUUACUGGGAAUGAUUGCUGGCCAUGCAUAUUAUUUUCUGGAAGAUGUCUAUCCUCGGAUGACUGGUCGCCGGCCUCUUAAAACCCCAGCAUUCAUCAAAGCACUAUUUGCUGAUGAGAAUGUUGUUGUGGCACGGCCAGCCAAUGUCAGAUUCGCGCCCCCGCCAGCAGAAGAAAUGCACCGCGACUGAAUUGGCUUUUGAAAAAACCCAACCAAUGGGGAGCUGACGAUAAUUUGAGCAGUGGAAAUAGCAAGUGAACAGAGAAGCGAUUGAUCUUGUAAAAUAUAGAUUUCCUCAAUAUCUUUUGUACCCCCACAUUUUUACGUUAAUUUGUUGAUUAUUAUUAUGAUUUAA